AUGCAGCGUGCGGAGCGUGCGCGCCGGCCUUCCGUGGAUCCCAGCUCGGCAGUGGAGCGGGCGACCGCCGGUGUCUCACUGGAGGUUCUCCACGGCUUUGGCUCGCACGGGAGGAAUCUGCGGGAUGCAGUGCUCUUCGGUGACAUCGCCGGGCAGUACUUGACUCAAGCGGUUGGGCGACAACUGGCUUUCCGGCACCUCCUUGGAGACGAGGUCAGCUUUGCGGCAGAGAGCUGUGAUGUGGAGGCGAUCACUGCCUGCGCUGCCUCGCGGAGCCGCGCCUUCCUGGCGGUGUGCCAGGUUUGCAGACCAAACAGGUCCCAGGUCUCGAUUUAUGAACUGGGACCAGUGGCCAGCAACCGGCCGGUGCAGACCUUGCAGGAACUGAAUGGCCGGGACGGCCCCGUCGGGCAAAUCACCGCCGUGGCGUUUUCCUCCGCCAGUCAGGCCAGCGGAGUUCCCGAGGAUGAAUCCUCGAGGCUGGCGGUGGCUUCGAUGGGCCUCCAUGCCCAGAUCAUUGUGUUGGACUGGAGGCUCAACGAGAUCAUCAGCCGCUUCAUGCUGCAGGACGAGUUGUCAAGGAUAGACUUCAACCCGCUGGACUCGGAUAUGAUGUCCGGCUCCAGCGUCAGCUCGUUCGAGAUUUUCCUGAUGAGGGACCUUCCAAUAGAGGAGGAGGGUGAGGAGCGGCUGGAAUCCAAAGAGAUGUUCAAGCUUCAACAAAUAGAUGAACUCGCGGAGUUUGCAAUGACGCUUGCCGACCACGCGUGGCUUGUGCCAGCGAACGGCAGGCUGGCACUUGCUUCCGAAGAGGGAGUUGUCUUCAUCGUGGCAAGUGGCUUGGGAAUGGAGGAGGCAGAGAACCGUGCCCAGCAUCUAGACGUGGACCCGGUGCCGUACUUUGUGUGCCAAAUUGCUGCCCCAUUCGGACACAAAGUGAGCGAACAGCAAAUCUUCGGCAUCAGGCCUUUCAUCAAUGGCUUCGUUGUAGCCGGAGCCAAAAGCCAAGUUGCGGUGUGGAAACUUGAGCAGGAAGAGAAUGAGGGCGAUGGCAAUCCGAUCGAUAUGUUCGCCAUUCCAAAGUAUGCACACGAAUGUACCGCGACCAUUGAUGCGGGCAAAGGCUUUGCUGUUGCUUCCCUCGACCUUGUCGGCGGGCGAGACGAGGUGCACUGCGCCGUGUGCUUUGACAGCUCUGACAUCACACAUUUUCGACUGGGAGCUCUCAUGGAAUGCAAUGGGCGCCUUGCAGAAACCCCACUACUCGGUGGUGGCUUUCACCCAGGCCCGGUGACCUGCAUGGACAUGGCUUUGCAGCGGCCCAUUCUGGUGACAGUCUGCAGUCAGGAUGCUUCACUCCGGGUGUGGGACUAUGAAGCCGGAAGAUGUGAGCUGUGCUGGCAAGCACCGGAGGAACCGACAGGACUUGCGCUGCACCCCUUCGGCUUCUUUGUGGCAGUGAGCUUCAGCGACAGGAUUCGCUUCUUGGAGAUCCUGGCAAAAGACCUCAAGCUCUUCUCGGAGCUCCACGUAAAGAAUGUCCACCUGCUUCGCUUCUCAAACGGAGGCCAUUUGCUUGCCGCGGCGCAGUCGAAGCUGAUCAUGGUCUUCAGCACGCGGAGCCUGAAGAAGAUCGCGACCUUGCGUGGACAUCCCAGGGAGGUGGCCUCCAUGGCUUUUGACCCCCUCGACCGAACCUUGGUGACUCUAGGUGAAGAUGGAAAGGUUUGCGAGUGGAGCACGGAGAACUGGAGUGCUUUGAACGAGUAUGGUGCCCAUGGAGAAGCUAUGGCGGUGGCAACUGCUGGAGAGGGGCUGGUCUGGGCCGGCGUGGCCGAGGGCGACAAGAGCUCCUUCCGGACCUUCCACCAGGGAGUGCAUCAUGAGAGCGAGGAUUUCGCGAUGCACGUGUCGGAGCACCUCUUCUCCAUGCAGCUCUACAGCAGACCCUCGGAGGUGUCCAUCCUCGCGGGCGACCGCAGCGGCAACCUUCGGGCCUUCUGCGGCCUCACUGGGUCCUUCAGGAGCGCCACGUUGGGCUUGCAUUCCGACGCCAUAACGGCAGUGUGCAUCUCUGCCGACGGACAUACGGUGGCCACAGCUGGCAGGGAUGGUGCCAUGUUCGUGCUGGCCGCCGACGGCAUCUCGGACACUACUCGGCCUGAUGCAAAGUCUCGUGAAGGCUCGAUGGAGGUGGUCAUGAUCAAUCGUGGGGACAUUCAGCUGCGACAGGAUGAGAUACAAGACCUGACGACGCAAAUCUCGACGCUGAAGGCCCAGAUAGAAGAGGAUGCCGCCCGACUCCAGAGCGAGUGUCGAGCCAGAGUCGAGGAGGCCCGAAGGCAGGAUCAGGAGAAGAUCCACUCGCUGCGAAACAGCUACGAAACUUUGCAGCAGGCAUCGACCGUGAAAGAAAGAGACAGCCUGCGGAAGAUGAAAGCCAUGCAGGCUUUGCAUGUACAAGCUGCGGAUGACCAAGAGAAGGCCUACGACAAGCGGAUGCGAGCGGACGCAGAGAGCUACGACGCGCUGGAGGCAGCCAGGGCAGAAGAUGCCGAGCGCUUCGAGCAGGCCCGGCAGAAAGCCCAGCGGUCCUUGGAAGUUCAAGAGCAAAAGCAGGAGAAGGAAGUGCACCGCCGCCUGAACGAGAAGGACGCAGAGAUCCACAAGCUGAAAGAUCUCAUCGCCUUCACGCAGAAGCGAUUCGAUGCCAUGCUGGAUCAAGAAGGAAUGGAGCAGUCGCUGGAGAUCUCAGAAAUCAAGAAGAAGAAUCAGGAGGAGUUAGAGCAGCAACAUCUGGUGGAAUACAAGUUGAAGAAGGACCAGGACAUGCUCAUGAGAGGCCUGGAGAUGAUGGAGAAGGAUCGGGACCGCAUUGCCAUGGAGCAGCGGGAAGCGAGCGUCUCGAUCAGCAACCUGCGGACAGAGGCUGAGACGAUGAAGCGGGAGGUGACGCUUCUGAAGGCCGAGCGGAAGGAGCGGGAGGUGACGCUGCGCGACAAGGAGAUGGAGAUCGGGGCGCAUAAACUCAAGGUGCAAACGCUCAAGAAGUUCAAGCAUGUGCUGGACUAUCGCUUGCGAGAGGUCACGGAGUCAUUAAAGCCCAAAGAGGACAUGAUCGCGCAGCUUCACUUGCAGCUUUCGGCUCUGGAGGAGGAGUUUGAGCGUCAGCUGGAGAUCCAGAAGCAGAUGGAGAGCGCGCUGGAAGCGAAAUCUGCUCAGGUGGCCCAGCUUACUGCCGAGGCCGAGAAGCAGAAGGAGAUCCUGAAACAGCGUGAGAGGACCAUCUUCCGCUAUUCAGCAGACCUGCUGGAGCUGGCUGCUGACCAGGACAUACGAAACUGGCACAUUGGGCUCAAGAAGCUCUGGCGUGACCACGUGAACCCUGAGACUUUCAAGAAGGACGAGGAGCACAGCCUUCCGAUGCAGGAGCUGGGCCGGCAGAUUCAGGCGAGGACGGGCAGCAAAAUUGUUCAAGAAAGAAAAGACUUGUGA